UGGUGCAGGGUUUGUAUCUACUGUAAAUAAUCAACCGCGGAGAUCAUCUUUCUUUAUGGAGUAUGUCUUUAUUUACAUAUAUUUAUCUUAAUUGACAUCCUUCUAUUUAUUACAGACUUAUUUAUCGUGUCGGAAUAUAAACGUGGCGAAUUAUGGUGCUGUAAACGCUGUUGUUUACUCUAGAAGUUAAGUUGAGCAGGCGCAAUGUUCAUUUUAAGAAUCCGCAGCACUAACACUUUCAGGCCAACAUGAGUACAGUCGGUGAGAAUCAGCUGCAGAGAAUAAUCAGAGAUCUUCAUGAUGCAGUUUCUGAGUUGAGCAAAGAGCACUGUGAGACAGCAGAACCCAUCACUGAUGACAGCCCCAACCUUCACAAGUUCUGUUAUAAACUGGAGUACCUGCUGCAAUUUGACCAGAAAGAGAAGAGAACAUUUCUGGGAAGCAGAAAAGACUACUGGGAUUAUUUCUGCUACUGUUUGGCCAAGAUAAAAGGAGCUAAUGAUGGCAUUCGCUUCGUCAAAUCGAUCUCCGAGCUGAAGACAUCACUUGGGAAAGGACGGUCCUUCAUACGAUACUGUCUCGUGCACCAGAGACUUGCAGAUACUCUCCAGCAAUGUGUUAUGAACUACAAAAUCACAUGUGACUGGUAUUAUGAACGCAGCCCAUUCCUAAAGUCCCAUCUUAACACUGAUAUAAUCAACCAUCUGUAUGAACUCAAUGAGGUCCAGUUUGACGUAACAUCUAGGGGUCACGACCUUGACUCCGACUGGCCCACCUUUGCCAGAAAGACUCUGGGAUCAGCAGUCUCAUCCCAUGCAUGGAAACCACCCAGUCGCUGCUCCAGUGUCACCAGUCUGGUCAGCAGUUACUCACAGCAAAAUCAGGAAUUCAUUGCAGGCCAGGAUUUCGGUUCCAGUCUUCUAGGUGAUCUGGGAGAGGUAGGCGAGCUCUCCUGUACUGCUUCUGAGAACCUUUGCUUAGAGCUUGACCAGUCUCAGCUGAAACAACAAGAGCUCCUGGAGAAGAUCCGGGUGCUGACCAAUGAAGCAGCUGAUCUGAGGGCUGUGGUCAAGGAUCUGGAGGAACAGCUUUCGGCUGCUAAAAGUCCAGAGAAAAGAGUGCAGUCUGCAGUGGCUGAGCAGAAGGUCUUCAUGACUGUCAGAGAGUGCACCGAUCGUCUCCAAACCACCACGCAGGAACUGGAGGCUCUUCGACUUCAAGAAGCAUCAGAACGCAACCUAGAAUCCAAACUGAAUGUCGCCGAGAACAGAAACAUGGAGCUGCUGGCCAAACUCGACGGAGCUAUGAGCGUAAAAGGACAGCAGGCCGCCAGCUACUGCGACUCGGCCUGGACGAUCCAAGAGCUCCUAACCAAACUAAAAGAGGCGGAGCAAAAGAAAACCGUAUGUAAACGAGUGGCCGAGCGACUUGCUCAGGAGCUGAAGCAACAGGAGGUAAAACUAAAUGAGGUGGACAGCAAACUGGACGCAUUUAACACGACUACCAACAAGGAACGAGCAACUGCAGAUGAGCUGCAGAUGACCGUAAACCACCUCCAGGGAGUGCUCUCUCUGAAGGAGCGGGAGACGAAUACCCUUUGUACGCAAUUGCAGGACUUGCAAAGCGUACUGAAGAUUCGAGAGUCCCAUCUGGAGGAGAUGAAGGGACGAAUGCAAGAGGAGCUGCAACAGAAGGGCAUGCUCAAGGAGCAACUCAAGGCAAAGGAGUCUGAGCUUACCGUCUGCAUUGACAAGAUUCGCAAAAUGGAGAGUGACAAUGAGAGAUUGGCUGCGGACGGUCAGAGCUUGCAACCGCAAGUCAGGAAACUGGAGGAGUACAAAAACCAGUGCACAAGCUUAAUGGAGAUCAACACCAAGCUGAUCCAGACUGUGAAAAGAAAUGAAGAAAGCAGCGAGGAGCUAGCACAAACCAAGAAUGGUCUGGAGAGAGUGCUGAUGACUGCACAGGCAUCGGAGACACAGCUGAGAAACAGACUGGAGUCUGCUGGAUUUACGGUGGAGAACCAGCACAUCGAGGAGUGUGUUUUGAAUGGCCAGGUGAAGAACGUUGAGACUAGAGAGCCCUCCUCAAGCUCUGAUAGUGGAGAAUCCACCUCAAGGUUGGCUCUGGCUGAGGCUCAACUUGACCUCAACUUGAAGGAGGUUUGCAGACUUCAGGAGGAGGUUUUGGAACUUCGGGCUCGGCUCCUGGUGAGCUCGGAGGAGAGGGUGAAGAUCCAGACACUGCAAGAGGUUACGGAAGCCUCUCGAGAGGACAUCCGGGCUCAGACGGGGCAAUUCAAGAGCCAGGUGGAAGAACUAAACUGCAGACACGUGGAUGAACUGAUGCGUUGCAGAGAAAGAGAAGAGACCCUGGUAAAGGAUAAGGAAGGCAAAGGCCAAGCGAGACUCCAGACGGAGACGAAUGCCAUGAGGGAAGAGCUUCAUGAGGGGAAGAAACACAACAACAGUCUGUUGCUGGAGAAUGGAGAGGCUCGUGAGGCCUUGCACAGGGCCAAGACGGAAACGGUAGAGCUCGGGGUUCACGUUUGCAUGCUGACAGGACAGAACAAGGAGGCUGAGCUGCGAUGGGAGGAGAUGUCUGCCAACUUGCAGGAGAGACAGACGGAGGCACAAACUUUGAGUGAAUCUCUGGAAGACACGAAGAAGGAUAAUGCAAGACUCCAGGAGCAGCUAAAGGAGAUGAAGGGACUUCCUAAAGUCCAUCAGGAGUUGCAGGAACGUCUUGAAAAGGCAGAAGAAGAAUCGAGGAGUCAUCAGGUGUACAGACAGAGAGAGGUGGAGACCCUUAGGUCCCAGCUAAGCAACGAGGCUGCACACCACGAAAAACAAGUGCAGCGUCUAAAUGAAGAACUGGAUGAACUGAGAAAGAAACUGGAUGUCGAACUUGAGAAAGUUUCGAGUCUUGAGUCCAAAGCAUCAGAGCUAGAGUCUGUCAACAGCGAGUACAGUCAGAUGAUCGAAAAGAAAAACAACCGCAUUGGUGAUUCUGAAACCGUUAUUGAUCAGAAAGAGGAACAGAUAAAAACACUCCGAAAGAACUUAUCGAAAGCUGAGGAGCAGUCGGCUCUUGCACAGAAGGCCUGUCAUGAGCUGGGUGUGAAUUUGAGCAGAAGUUCGAUGGAGAAGCAAACCCUGGAGCUGAAGAUGUCCUCUGAGAUAGAUGACCUUUCUCGCACCAAGAGGAACCUGGAAGAGAGACUUAUUGAACUUAUAAGGGAGAAAGAUGCUUUGUGGCAGAAGUCAGAUGCGCUAGAGUUUGAGCAGAAACGGAGGGCCGUAGAUCAGACAGGCCGAGACCUUGCAUACUGUCUCAGCUGCCGCAACCACUUCAGCUGGAUACUGCGCAGACACAACUGCAGGUUAUGUGGGCGUCCCUUUUGUUACAACUGCUGCAAGUAUGCUGUGAGUGGCCAGCAGGGCGGCACUAAAGAGCGAUGCUGUAAGGACUGCUACACUCAGCAAAGCCACCCACAGACAGAUCCAGGUAGUCCUUUACAUCCACCCUACAGCACAGUCUCAAGUCCUACCAGAACCAGCACACCUGGAGUCAAAGGGGAGCUGAAGACCCCCCAGCCGGACGAUACGGUGUUUGACAUCAUAUCUGAAGAUGAAGUGAGCGGUAUCCAUGAUAAUUCGCUGUACACCACUGCACUCUCUGAGACUGGACAUCUUGACAUCACAAGCACAGAGGAAUCGGACGAGCUGAUUGGCUCUGUUCAGGAUGCAGAAAUCUGCCUGCUGAAAUCUGGAGAGAUGACGUUGUCAGCGUCGUACAGUCUGGAGGACGUGGUUCAGUUUGGCGAAGGGUUCAGAGAACUCUUCAUCAAGUCCAGCUGUUACAGUGUUGUUCUCAUAACUGCUGCUCAUCCCGGUCCUACCAUCAGCUGGAUCUUCUCUUCUGAUCCCAAGAGCAUUGCCUUCAGCGUGGUGUACAGAGAGAACACGGGCACGGCUCUGGAACAGGAUAAGGUUCUCAUCUCUCUGACAAGAUGCAACUCUCAUAAGGAAACCAUUCAGGGACAGGUGAAGGUCAGGAACCCUGGAGAAUUCACUCUCAUCUUCGACAACUCCUUCUCCAGGUUCGUUUCGAAGAAAGUCCUGUACAAACUGAGUAUAGAGACACCAGAGGUCUGCAAUGGAAGUGAUUCUCCUUAAACAGGAAAACAUCACACACUUGAUCAAGGGGACUUCAUGUUGAGGGUUCUGCUGAUAUUUAAAGACAAACUUGCGUUGCUGCUUCAAAAGAUUUGUGUGGUCUUUUGAGGGAAAUAUCAUGAAACUGUCAAGAAUAUGCCCACCCUAUAUUUCAACCCCAAAUUCAAUUAAUUUUGACUUUAAAAAUAUUAAGCAUUUUAUGCAGGUCAACAUUUUCUAGGACAACAUUCAAAUUAGCUCCACUGUUAUAUUGCAUCAUGACAAUAUCAUUUGCAACAUAGGAAAAAAAAUAUUAUUUAAAUUUGAAGUGUACAGUAUUUGUACAUCAUGGCAGUAUGCGUUAGUCUGCUUCUAUUUGAUUUUGACAGAAAUCACUGCACUGCAAGGUUUACUGUUAUCUUUAAAAAAAAUACUGUUUACAAUAAUGACAAUAUUCCAUUCCAUUUUCUACCGCUUAUCCGAACUACCUCGGGUCACGGGGAGCCUGCGCCUAAUCUCAGGAGUCAUCGGGCAUCAAGGCAGGAUACACCCUGGAUGGAGUGCCAACCCAUCGCAGGGCACACACACUCACUCAUUCACUCACGCACUCACACCCUACGGAAUAAUGACAAUAUAAUAAGAAUAAUUUAAAAUAGUUCAAAAAUGUUAAAUACUGCAAUGUCUGGGAGAAAUUGCAGGGGAAAAGCACUUAACCGUCAUAAAAAUAUUAUGACAACUGUAAAACAGUGAUUAAAACAGCAACUUUUUACGUUGGGGUUAAAUAUAAUCCUGACAUGUUUUCGUGAGAUUCACCUACUUUGCAAUUUGUCAAAGCCACAUUCUGCAAUGUCACUUCAUCACACAUCCAAGUUUAUGGUUUAUGGUAUAAGUCGAAGUGUCAACCUUAUUUCUUAGACCGCUGACAUAUUAAAAGGGAUAGUUUACUCAAAAUGAAACUUUUGUCAUUGUUUAUCGUCAUUUUACAUCUGUAUGACUUUCUUCUGCAGAAAACAAAGAAGAUAAUUUGUAGAAUGUUGUUAAUUCACUCGCAUUGGUUUUGUGUCCCUACAAUAGAAGUGAAGUGGUACCACUGUUGUUCGGCUACCAACAUUCUUCAAUAUAUCAUCUUUUGUGUUCUGCAAAAGAAAGGAAGCUAUAGACAUUUGAAAUGACAAGAGGGCGAGUAAAUGAGAAGAGGUUUAAUUUUUAGGUGAACUUUCACUUUUACACAGAAACAUGAAGCAUAUGAACAAGAACUCUGCAAUACUUUAGAGAGCUGUUUGGUCAAAAGUAAAACAGAUGUUUAUACGUAUAUGAAGGAUCUGACCGCACAGUUUGCACUACAGAAAAGCUUUAUUACUGUUUGUUUUAUUGAAGUGAGAGAGUGAGUUUAGAGUGAGAUAUAGAAAAUGCUGAUGUGACUUCAGGACAGGAACGUCUGAGUGGGUACAAAAUGUUUGAAGUCUCUCUAACUGAUGAAUUCACAAUUAGGGAAAAUAUCCAAUUGUUUGCACGAAAGUACUCAUUUUGUAUGACAUUUUUGUUAAAAGAUAACCUGACAACUAUUAUUUCUAUGCAGCCUAAAAUAGCUUGUGUAAUACUUAGAUCAUAAUAUAACAAACUAUUUUCUGAUUGUGUUUUUGAAUCCAGACUAACAUUUAUAAGCAAUAACUUGAUUGUGUUUUUGUAAAAUAAGAAUAAUAUCAUGUUUCUAAUAACACAAAUAAUGCAAGCUAGAGGUGAAGAAAGUAAAUAGCACUUUUGACUUUUUAAUACAGUAGAUCAUUCAAAAGAAAAAAAAUGUUUAUACUUUUUGUAUGGUACGAAUCUGAAUACUGUAAACUUAAGGAGUAACUAACAGUCAAUUGUAAUGUAUGUGUCCAGGUAUAACAGUGAUGUUAUAUUGCAACUGGUUUGAAAUGAAGCUGUAAAAUUAAAACUUCCCACGGCAGCGUGA